GAAACAUCUCCACCGGCCUCGACAUGCAGGCAGCGGGAGCCCGGAGGAGCUGCGGCGGUGCCUCCGGUGAGCCGGUAGGAGGAGACUGUGCUCUGUCUUCCGCGUUUCCCCCGCUUCUCCUCUCUGUCCUAAUUGCACCGCACUCUGCUACCUUUGUGCACGUUUCUGCGCCCUCGCACUCUUGUUGUGUUUUUUUUCCUCCACCUUGGAGAGGAAAAAAAAAAACAAAAACAAGGCGGCCGUACAGCACCUGGCGUCUCCUCUCCAACCUGUGCUAUCACCACAAACACUGCCUGGGAGUUAGUCGACCGCCUCAUCCAUGCAUUGUCGUCCCGGGCCCCAGCGCACCGGCUCCGGCUCCAGCCAUGUCGGCCAGGAAUGCAGCGGCUGGCGGCGGUGACAGAGCGGGAGGCGAACCGGCAGAGGAUGUGCUGGUUGAGGAAAAACAAAGCAGCUCUGUGUCUCUGUCCAGCCUGAUGACCCCAUCCUCUGUCGCUGGUAUGUCCUUGAGCAUGGAGAUGCCCCGGAAGCGCAAGGGCAGCAUCGACAACCAGGAUUCAAAGUCUGUUUCAAUCCUUGACGCAGAUAUGGACGAUGACCAAAACGGGUCAGAUGGAGAUGACCAGCAUGUCAAAAUUAAAUGCUUCAGGGAACCACAUAGCCAAAUCGAGAAGAGGAGACGGGACAAAAUGAACAAUCUCAUUGACAAGCUGUCAGCCAUGAUCCCGACCUGUAACCCCAUGUCUCGCAAGCUGGAUAAACUCACUGUGCUCAGAAUGGCCGUGCAGCACCUCAAAUCCCUCAAAGGUUCGGGAAGCUCCUUCUCUGAAGCCAACUACAAACCAUCGUUUCUUCCUGACGAGGAGCUCAAACACCUCGUCCUCAAGGCUGCAGAUGGUUUCCUGUUUGUCGUGGGCUGCGAUCGUGGAAAAAUAGUUUUCGUCUCAGAGUCCGUCACGAAGAUAUUAAAUUAUAGUCGGGCGGAGCUGAUAGGACAGAGCCUGUUUGAUUACAUACAUCCUAAGGACAUGGGAAAAGUGAAGGAGCAGCUGUCGGCUUCUGAAUUAUACCCGCGCGAACGGCUAAUAGAUGCUAAAACUGGUCUGCAGGUCCAGGCCGACCUUCCAGUCGGCGCAUCGCGGUUGUGUCCGGGUGCACGCCGCUCUUUUUUCUGCCGUAUGAAGUACAACAAAAUUUCUGUCAAAGUGGAAGAGAAGGAAUCCCAGGGAAACACCUCGAAAAAGAAAGAGUCGCAGAAGUACUGCACAGUCCACUGUACAGGCUACAUGCGCAGCUGGCCUACGAGUCAGAUGGGAGCAGAUGGGGAGGGGGAAGGAGACAAGCAGGACAGCUCCCACUUCAGCUGCCUGGUGGCAAUGGGACGCGUCCACUCCCACUCGUCUCCCCAGGUUAAUGGAGAGGUCCGAGUGAAACCCACGGAGUUCGUCACACGCUAUGCCAUGGAUGGCAAGUUCACCUUUGUUGAUCAAAGAGCAACAACUAUUCUGGGCUACCUUCCCCAAGAACUGCUUGGGACAUCAUGCUAUGAAUACUUCCAUCAAGAUGACUUACCGCAUUUAGCUGACAGACAUCGAAAAGUGCUCCGGAGUAAAGAGAAAAUAGAGACAAACUGCUACAAGUUCAAAACAAAAUACGGCUCGUUUGUCACUUUGCAAAGUCAGUGGUUUAGUUUUGUAAAUCCCUGGACCAAAGAAGUAGAGUACAUAGUGUCAACAAACACCGUCAUAUCACAUGAUCACAGUCGAACAGGUCGGUCCGGGAAUAAGUCUGAACAGUCGAGCAACGCCAAGGCUUCUGAAGAUUGCAAGAAGUCUCUUCCAAUUAUACCUGGCAUCUCCACCACCCCUGGAGCUAUGAUAUAUGCUGGAAGCAUAGGGACCCAGAUUGCCAAUGAGCUGCUGGAUUUUAACAGAAUGAACUCGUCACCCUCCAGUGGGAACGUCAGCCCCUUCAGUCUGCCACAGGACAAGUCUCCACACACUCACAAUCCAAUCAGCAACAAUGUGCCAAAUGGAGAAACAUCUGACAUGGAGAUUCCAGGGAAGUCCAGCUCGGAGGAUGAACCCCAAGGGGCUGCGUUCUCAGGAGGAGAGUCGCUCAUGGGGGAAAACUCCCAGCUGGAUUUGGACAGCGUGGUGGGGCCAGGCCUUAGUAGUCUUAGCAAUGAUGAAGCAGCCAUGGCAGUGAUCAUGAGCCUCCUGGAGACCGACACAAACUUGGGGGAGGCUGUGGACUUUGAAGAGAUGCACUGGUCCUUAUAGAAUCUGCAUUACAGCGUGACAAGCAAUACGCUGAGAAACUCUUGGACCGUCAUUUUGAUGAUGGCAAGAACUGCUCGAUGUUUUCUCCAAGACGCAGCAUUCUGUUUGUUUUUUAAAAAAAAAAAAGAAGUUAAUUUAUUAGUUACCCUUUUCCACAUAAGCUGUGUAGUGUUUGGGUGGCUGCUCUCACAGGAGCAGGACUGACAACAAUAAGGCACACCUGAUUUCCUUCUUCAGAAAGAGGAUGUGCCUUUAAAGCCUUACAGCAGUCUGCCUGCCCUGAAACACUGUUCCUCACUGCUUUCCUCAAAUCUACUGUCAGCCUCACACACUUCAAGGACUCACGAACACAAAACGACAGUGAUACGAUUUACAUAACGAUGGCUCGGGAACAAAGGCUGGGAGUGGUGAUGCAAAAAAAGUUGCACUGAAUUGAUUUCGUGUUUUUUAAAAGGUUGUAAUUUCACCAGGUACUGUAUGUGUAAUUAUAAUGGGAGGAAGACCCCUAGACAACCUGGCCCGUCUCUGAAACCCCUCAGGAUCCAAACCGUAGGUAUCCGGUGUACCGCGGCAGACCACACUUCCAUAACCUCUACUCUCUUUGAGCAUCGCCUAAAGAUGUGGCGCUCAGAGAUUUGCUCUUAACCUGUCAGUAUCUGAACAUUCUCCACGGAAACACUCUAGUAACCUCUUCUCUUGUACACUGACUUAAACAUACUGUAUAUGUGUGGAGUUGGUAUUACUGCGAACACCAUGUCUUCAGGCCAUAUGUGUCUUAAAGGGAUAGUUUGCAUAGGAAACCCUGGAUUUAGUUUGUUCUAAGUUCAAAUAUUUCAAAUUUUUUGGCUGAAAAUAUCCAUCUUCAUAAAUUGCUGGAGAGCUGCCAGUGUUGGCGGCCGACCGUUCACUUACUCCUAUGACUUAUGAGCACUAUAGUCCAACUUCAUGCAGGGCAACAUAGCACUUUAGAGGUGCUGGAAUGGAGGAUUUUCACAUCUGUGACGUUUUAUCAGUACAUGGUUGACGCUGAUCUGAGUCUGAUGGUAGAAGCGAUAACUCAGGGAGUUAUCCAUUUUAAGGUUUUACAUACUUCCCUGCAUACUGUACAUUGGUAUGUGGCGUAAUGAGUCUGUACUUGUUCACUUGUGCAUUUGUGUUCUUUCUUACUGUCAGCUUUAUUGUCGUGCAGGUAAGCCAUAGCUUUAGCUUUCUUCAUGUAUUGUUAUGCACUGACAGUCUCUCAGAAGACAUGUUCAUGUUUUAUGUGCUCGUCGGAGCGCAGCAUCGUCAUGCAUACAUUUAUUAAGGGAUUGUGCUAUGCAGAAGUAUCAUUCCAUAAAUUCUAAACUUAAAGGUAUAUUCCUUUAUUUUCUUUCAGUGUGAUAGUAACGUGCAUGACUCCUACAGAUAUAAGAACCUUCGCUGACUUGUGAUAUUAACAUUUGGUGAGAACUUGAAUUAGUCACUGAGCAGUAUGGAUUUACCUCAUCUAGAGUUUUGUCUUGCCCAUGCUUGCUAUUGCACAUUUUAGCUUUUACUUAGGAAAAAGAAAAAAGAAAGAAGAAGAACCAUUAAUAGCCAUUAUGUGAUCCACUGCUAAGAGUCGUGUGGGUUCAUUUUUUAUUAUGAAUUACCAAAGUAUAUCAAAGUAUUCUCAUACAGUGAAAUUUAAAAAAACAAGUCUAAGGCAGUUUAGCCCUGAUAAUAUAGAAAUCCUAUUUUUACUCAUAGGCUCAGUUUAAGAAAGUCAUUGUAUUGGCUGUUUUAUAAGACGUAUGCACUUUGGUAUACUUUCCCUGUUUCAAGUUAUUGAAGAAAAAAAGAUGAAACAUUUACAAAAUCUAUUAGCUAUAAAUGAUUUAAGAAAAUUAGAUGAUAAACUACUGAAACCCAAGCAAAAUUAUCGUUCUGGCACAUGGCAUGGUUUUGAGCUCAUUUGAUAUCCUGGUGACUGUUGUGUUUGUUACAUUUCCCAGUUUCAUUUAUGUGCUGUACACUGACUCUCAUAGGGAAUGCAAUGAAAGGCAAAAUCUGUACGUUAACUAAUACUAUUUCCUUUUCUUUCCUUUUUUUUUUUUUAUAAGACAAGAACAUAAAGUUCUUGUCAGAGCGGCUGUGUAUCUGUAUCUUAUCCUGAGUGAUUACUGUCUAAACCACUCUCACCUGAACAUUACGUGAAGCGGUGUAGUUCUAAUGCCAUGACAUUGUUCACGUUGGUAUCUUGGGCCACGAUUUCUAGUCAUUUGUUUUUUUGAGGACUGUUAAGGAUUUUUUUCAAUAAGAACUCUUGCUUCAAGAACAGAAAAGGUUGUUGUGAAUUACGAAGAAUACUGUCUUUUCUCUGUAAUGCUUGAAUUAUGAGGAGCCAGUUGACGGAGCAGCUGAACUCAUAAGGAACCUUCCUGCCUGUGUCCGAUGUGCCUUUGGACAUUCCUGCUCGGACACACAAUGAACCUGUGUUGCUUUCGGAGAGCGCCUCUCCCACGUGGCACCUCUGCAGACUGAAAGGAGGGCUAAAAUCUGUAAUUGGAUUAACUUGACGCAACAUGACAUACUGUGCACAUCAUGAAUGAAGUGGAUGCUUGUUCAGAGAUGAAACAGGAGCUGUAUAUUUUUGGCUUCAGUACUCACUACCUAACCAAACAAGCAGAACUAUGGAGUAGUGCCAUAGACACAGGCUGGUCCUUCAAAAGGCAAAAAGUCAGUUUUGUAUUGUUUUUUUUGUUCCCGUUCUUGGUCAAUCAUUGUACUGUUGUGGCUUGUUUUUUCCCCAGAAAGCUAAAAUAUUGCUCUCACAUCAGCUUGUUUGAUGGCGACCGAGCGAUAAACCUUUUUAAGAGGUCAUGUAUUUUGCUUCUGUCUCCAUUUGAAAUAAAAAGAAGUAGUUUUUGUAAGAUAGGGAA